AUGGUUGGUGGUGGAGGAAACAUGAGAGAGGAAGGAUCGAUGAAACCGACGAUUCAAAACACAAACUUGUUCGCAGCUUUGGAUACUCGGAGGAAGAAGAAGAAGUCUGUUAAGGUCACAGAACCGGUUAAGGAGGCUGAGCCACAGGUCUUUUGGGCUCCUACGCCUCUAAAGGCUAAGGCUUGGGCUGAUAUUGAUAGUGACGAUGAAGAUGAGGAUUAUUUCGCUACCACUGCUCCUCCUCCUCCUCAUUCUCAGACCUUGUGGAGUGCUUCUCAAGCAUCAGAGGCUAAAGAGGUUCACGUUGAGAUUUCACAUGCUUUGAGUGAGAUACUCUGCUUCAAAGUUUUCAUUAACUCAUCAGAGGAACAAGCUUAG